UCUGUCAUGACAUUAGCUGUUCCAAUGUUCGCCCCCGCAUAUUCUAAAAUCGGAAGUACAGGCUUCGGCCAUUUUUGGGGUUGACAAAUAAAAGUGGAGCUGAAGAGGCAAAUCAACCGUGAUUUGUUUUGAUUAUAUGUAUCGAUCCUCAAACAAGGAAAUUAGAUAUAGUGUAAAAACCUCUUUUGUUUAAGUGAGUAUUUCCAUCUAAUCUUUCAUCAUGUCGAAUAUGCCACCAUUGCGCCGCACAUUGAAAAAUGUGGUAAAGAACUAUUCAGAAGCACAGGUGAAAGUAAGGGAAGCCACAUCCAAUGAUCCAUGGGGACCUUCUAGUACUUUAAUGGGUGAAAUUGCAGACUUGACAUACAAUGUGGUGGCUUUCACAGAAAUAAUGCAAAUGAUUUGGAAAAGACUGAAUGACCAUGGAAAAAACUGGCGUCAUGUGUACAAGUCAUUGGUGUUAUUGGACUACAUCAUUAAAACUGGCAGUGAAAAGGUGGCAGGGCAGUGUAAAGAAAAUAUUUACGCCAUUCAGACAUUGCGAGACUUUCAGCAUCGGGAGGAUAACAAGGAUCAAGGAAUGAACGUAAGGGAGAAAGCUAAACAGCUGGUUGCACUGUUAAAAGACGAUGAACGGUUGCGCAAUGAGAGGGCUAAAGCCCUUAAAGCUAAGGAGAGAUUUGCACAAAAUGCAAUGGGAAUAGGAAGUAAUGACAAGGUUCGAUAUGGAGCAGGCAGUCCUAGUUUACAGACAUCAUCUGGGGGGUACUCAGAUCCAUAUGGAGGGGCUGGAACAACAACAACAACAACAACUAAUGGUGAAUCUACUAGACAACGCAGAAAUUCCACAGACGUUGAAUAUGCGCGACCCUCAUCUGUUGGUGAGGAAGAAAUUCAGCUGCAGUUAGCUUUAGCCAUGAGCAAAGAAGAACACGAUGAGUCGAUUAAAAAGCAGAAGUCAGAUGACAUCAAGUUACAGAUAGCCAUUGAGGAAAGCAGGAAACAGGCAGAUGAGGAAAGGAGAAAAGCUUCAACUAAACCUCAGUCAACCGGACUCUUAGACUUGGAUUCUCCAAGGUCUCAGCCUUCAGACCCAUGGGGAGCCCCAAUGACACAGCCACCUGCACCUCCAACAGACCCUUGGGGAGCCCCCCUCCCAGCACCUCCUGGACAGAAGCACCAUCCCCCUGUACCGGCCCCUACAGCAUCUCCUCCCCCUUCAGAUCCCUGGGGGUCACCUGCCAAACCUGCAUCCUCCAGCCAGGGUGAUCCAUGGGGAAUGCCAAUGCCCUCAAACUCACCUCCUCCACAAUCGAAUCCUGCACCAGCAGCUGGAGACCCUUGGGGAACCCCUGUGCCCUCAUCAGGGGCCUCGGCCAGUUCUCCUUGGGGAGGGUCCCCAGUACCAACUCAACAGGCAGGCUUUGGUGGGUUUGAUUCAGGGACAAGUUCAAUGACAAAUGGAGGCACUAAGGCUAAUGUUGAUGAUGACUUUGACUUGUUAAGUUCUCGGGUCACCACAGAAUCUCCUGCAAAAGCAGAUGUUACAGAUAAUUUGGAUCUCCUAGGAACUACUAGCUCCUCAGAUCCAUGGAACCUUGAUAACAUGAAUAAGAGUCUGCCAUCUGAACAACAGCAGCAGUUGAAACAUAGAAAAACGCCCCAAGAUUUCUUGGGAGAAAAUGCAAACUUAGUGAAUUUAGAUCAACUUGUCACAAAAAAUGAAUCUGCAGGAAAUAAUCCAUUUGCCAGUGGAGUAUCUAAUCCGUUUGAACUGCAGCAACAGCAAAAUCCCCAAAGAAUGACAUUGAACCAGCUGCAGUCCACAGCUUACAACACAGGCUUCAGUCAAACCAGCUCUAGUGGACUGCUACCUCAACCCCUGGUCCCCACUGCUGGCAUGCCUCAGCCCCAACAACAAGGAUACAACCCAUUUUUAUGAGAGCAGAUGGGCACUAUUUGUAGGACCAGUUUUGUUAUAAAUAUGUCAAUGAUGUGGGAAUAGGCAUGCCAAUAUUCUUUUUUUUUUUACUUUUAUCUAGAAACGUUUUAAGAAUUUUAUUUAGAUACUGAUCAAAGUCUUUUAAUGAGUGUAAACAGUUUCAAGGAUUUUUGUGAAACCCCCUUUUUGAGUUUAACAAAUUUAUAAGAAUCAUGCUUCAUGGAGAUCGAGAAAGAAAAUGGAUAUUGAACUCAAAAGAUAUGGACUUUAUGUAGGCAGAAUUACGGAAUCAAGUGGUCCAGAUUUGUUCUGUUCAUUUUUUUGCACUUUUAAUGAUUUACACCUUUGUUAAUAUACAUCCCAUCAUUUCAUAUCCUUGCAUCCAGUUAAGAAUGGUGUAUGGGUUGGUGUUUAAAUUCAUCACAUUUUAUAAGCAAUGUUAUUUAUCUAUUCUUCAGUAUCUAAGAUGUAUUAAUCAAGAGAUUUGCUGGGCUAUACUGGCCAGCAAUGGGUCACCUCAGUAUGGAAAAGUUGUAGAAUACCUAUACCGGUACCAUUAUUUUGAUUCUUUAAAGUAUACACUGUACUUCAAAUACUAUGGCCAAAUUUCUUGGGACAUUUUGAUUGGUUAGUUAUUGAAAAAAAUUACUUUUUGGAUGUCAGAAAUAAUUUUAUUUUUAUUCACGUGAAUUGUUUAUUUUCAAAUAUUCAGCUAUCUAAUUUUAUGAUUUUACUGAAAGUGAUUUCAAACAUUUGAUUUGUUAAAAUAAAUGCCUCAAUUAUUAUGAGAAUGUUGAAGCAGAUAGACAGUAUUUUUGUCUGGAUACUGUGUACCCAAUUAGGUAAGGAACAUAUGCAUUGUUUGUGUACAUGUCCAUCUGUGUUGUAAUCAUUAUCCGUAUUUAUUUUUAAAGAAAUUUGUUAAUUUUGUUUUUUACCUUGAACACAUUGAACUUGUUGAAAUGACAUUAUCUAAAAAAGAUCUGAAUGUGUUGGUGCCCCCUUUUUUGCUCAGAUUCAAGAUAUUUACUAAUCUUGUGGAAUUUAAAUGAUGCCUUUAGUAAAUUCUGCCAUUGUGAUGCGAGUGACUGUUAUCCAAACUUCUAUUUGUUGGGGCUUCAUUGCAGUCAAGUUUUGUGGUUUUUACAUGGUAUUAAAAAGAUCUGUUUACUUUACUGUAGCUUUGUGAUUAUUGUUAUAUUUUUGUAGAAAAAGGGGAAAACAACAGUAAAAAAUAAUGAGUAUUUUCAACCAAUCUUUAAAAAAUGAUAAAGCUUGCUUUUAAAAAAAGGGCAUCCAUAAUGUCUACUUUUAUUUAUUAUAAGUACAUGCAAACAUUGACUUUAAUUCUGCAGUUUGUACAGCACUCUGUCAUUCCUGUAUCAAGCUCCUUCUUGAAGAAGCCUAUAUGUUUAUAUUGUUUACAAACAAAACAAAAAAAUAUGUUUGCCUAGUACCUUCUGUGAUAAAAUAUUCAUGUACAGACAAAUAUGAAUAAAAUAACUGCUUAGAAAAUAAUGAAAAUGUUU